UUCCCUACUUCCGCUUCCGACAUUCAGGCGGUCUAGGGCAAAAAUGGCUGCGGCAGCUUGGUCCGGGUUUUCUCGGCUUCUUGUUCGGUCCCGCCUCCCGGUGGGGCGGUUAAUGUCAAGUGGCGCCCACGGCGAGGAGGGCUCAGCUCGCAUGUGGAAGGCCCUCACCUACUUCGUCGCGCUGCCCGGCGUGGCCGUGAGUAUGCUCAAUGUCUACCUGAAGUCGAGACAGCACGACGAGCACGAGCGACCCGAGUUCGUGCCGUACCCGCACCUCCGCAUCAGGUCCAAGCCCUUCCCCUGGGGAGAUGGUAACCAUACCCUCUUCCAUAACCCUCAUCUGAAUCCACUUCCGACUGGCUAUGAAGACGAAUGAAGAGGACCCGUACCUUCACGGGCACCAGGGACCACGGCACUGGUUUGGACCACCACUCUGCAUGUGGACCAGAAGAGGACAUGGGACCUUAAGCUCAUCUUCCUUCCUUGUAUUAAAAGAUGACGUCAUCCUGAUCUUCCAUCCCUUGGCCUGUGGCAGGAGAUGGCCUAAAUAAAUAACUUAAACUUCAA